AUGGCGAGGCGUGAAGGGGAAUGGAGGGGAAACGUAUGCUGUAAGGAAGGGCUCACUACGGCCCUUGUCUCCGGCGAGAGAGCAGCGCCGUUCGGCUGUCGCGGUCAUUGCUCGAGACUUCUGCGAGCGCAGUCUGGGGCGCAGUGCGAAGCGGAAUAUUUACGGCGACUUGAAUUGAUGUCAUAG